AUGGCCGAACAGCCCAGAGAUGAGCUACAAUACGAGAAUGAGCAUGUUCAUGAAGUAUAUGAUCAGAUUGCAACUCAUUUCUCCUCUACCAGAUACAAGCCGUGGCCGGUGGUAGAUGAAUUUUUGCGUAGUCUACCGGCCGGAGCCGUGGGCUUGGACGUCGGCUGCGGCAAUGGAAAAUACCUGCCAGUAAACAAGAGUGUCUUUAUCAUCGCCUCGGACAGAUCAAAGGCACUUAUCGACAUUGCCAGGCAACACGAACCCCAUACUGCCAUUGUUGCAGAUACUCUCCACCUCCCCCACCCGCCUGCGCGGUUCGAUUUCGCUAUAUCGAUAGCCGUGAUACACCACCUUUCGUCCGUCGAGCGAAGAGUGCAAGCCAUUAGAACGAUCAUACAGACCUUGAGGCCACCCUUGAAGGGUUCUAGCGGAGGUCAAGCGUUGAUAUUCGUCUGGGCGCUCGAGCAGAAAUACAGUCGAAGAGGCUGGGAUCAAGGCAGCCAGCAAGACGUCCUUGUUCCAUGGAUUCUCAAGCCAGACCAGACAUCUGGGCCGGACAGUCCACCCAAAACAUAUCAGCGGUAUUACCAUUUGUAUCAUGAGGGCGAAUUGGACAACGAUGCCAUUGCAGCUGGCGCUCGUAUACUCAGGUCAGGUUAUGAUCGGGAUAAUUGGUGGGUUAUCAUUGCGCGGCAGGCCUGA